AAUGUAUAGUUUUGAGUGUUAGAAAACAGAACUUCCAGUACGGAAUAUUGGGCAUCCUUUUGAUUUGGACUCAAACUCAUACACUUGUAAUUCAGAUACUUCAAGUUGAACUGUUGAAGUCAUUAUACAGUGAAUAUUCUUCCUUUUGUUUGUCCAGAGUUUUUAUAUGAUGGAAAAAAGCCCGUCCUAACUUAACUUUUCUUCUCUCUCUAGCCUUUUUAUGAUUAUCACAGUCUUGCAGAUCAAAGGAUUCUUUAUUAAUUCUUGGCAGUAGUUUGAGAACUUGCAUACGUAAAGUCUUGAUGUCAUCGCAACGAAGCUUAAUUUUUUACAUCAGCUGGUUUCUUUCAGUUUAUUGGCUCCCAUGCGGAGUCUUGACCACUCUGGAAGUUUCAAAGGAAGAAUGAUCUUUUCCUAAGAGAUUUUAUAUAAAGCAUUCUGAAGAAAAGCUCUGUCUCGAAAUAGGAUUGGUUGUUUAGAAAUGGGGGAAAAAAAAUGAGAAUGUAAUGGUGGGUCAAAGAAUGAUGUUUCUUUUCAGUGUUUUCUGAAGCUUCAGGUAUGGUUUUCUGGUUUUGAUAAUAGGGUUCUUGCCUCCUGGGUUUGGUUGAAGAGAAAUGGGUGGGGAAGAGAAAUAAUAUAAUAAUCCCCUCUCUGUUCAGAUUUUUUUGUAUUCUUAACCCGUUGAAAUAGGAGGGAAAGUGCCAUGUGGUGAGCUCAGAUGUGUGCACAUGGCUUCUCUCAUUUCCAAGCUUUGAGACUGUAAAUCAAUACAGGGAAAACAGGGGUUUCGUGGGUUUCAAGAGAAUCAGUUGCAGUAGGAUGACCACCUGAUUUGUGUGUUUAGGAAUUGAAAAAGAAAAAAAAAACCCAGUUUAAUAUGUAGGAAGCAAUUGGGGCAUUGGGAAUUGGUGAGGAGACUGUGAUGAGAGAAACAACCCAGAAUUUUAGUCCUAUUUUGCAGAGUCCAUUCAUGUAAGCCAAAAACAUAAUUUUUCUUUAUAUUCAACUUGCUUCCUCUUUGCAAACCACUUCAGUUAUUACCUCCCCGUGUCCUUAAGCAGAAUACAGGCAAAAUUGGCAAACUGGUUUCCUUCUUCUUGCCUUUUUGGUACUACUAUUUAUUUGAACUAGUGAUCAUAUAUUUGUCCUGCAAAAACCUCUUUCCUAUUCUGGGUAUGUUUCGUUUUUAUCUAUGAAAGUCUUUCCUUCUUUUGGGUAUGUGUCCAUUUUAUUCAUGCCCAAGAAAUCAGUAGAAAAAUGGAAGUUUGAGACUGCCAAGCUCUUAUUGCUUCUGCAUAUGCCCUUCAUUCUUACUUACAGUUUAUACUGAAAAUCUGGCUCAAAUUUAUCAAUACAUCAAUAUAUGCUUUUGUAGAACAAAUUUACUGUUUUCCCUGUGCUUCUGUUUUCUUGGAUCUCACUUGCUGAUCUUCCAAGCAAGGAGCAGGAAACCUAGCUAUUUUUCCCUUGUAUAGUUCAUUUUGUCAGGUUAGGUUACUGGUAACAGCCUUUUUCUAGUCCAUGGAGUUGGAAAACACAGUUGAGGAUCAGAUGGCUAAUUCUUUGUUUCUCCUGAUCAACAAGCCACUGUCAUGGAUAGUUGUUCUUGCUCCACUGAUCACAUUUGCUACUUUUUUUAUCUUCGGGUCCUUAUCCUUCCUCUUCACGUCUACAGUCUUGAUCUUGUCAACCGUUCUGUUCAUAAUUUCUAAGAGAAGACCGAAGUUGGUGGAGAAAUCAGUCGAAGAGAUUCACAAAUCUGUUCAGGAAAGCUCACUUCAAGUAGAAGAUGUUUUGGCAUCAAAACGACAGCAUGAAAGUGAAAUUUAUACACAACAAAUGCAAGCCUCGGUAGGGGAAGAUGGUGCAUGUCAGAUUCAUCAUGACUACUUAGUCAGAUCGCUGGAUGUCCUAUCUGAAAAUGAGUGCCUUGAUCAGUUAUCAACCACUGAGGAUUCUGAAGUGGAGUGGCCGUUUCGAGACAACAUGGAUCAAAGCCCAGAUUACACCGAUGAUGGAUCGAUAACUGAUGAGGAUAGCCUGAUUGAAAUCUCCCUUCCUGAAGGACAUUACGUUAGUCACAAGGAAGACGAGCCUAAUAAGUAUAGUAUGCAUCCGAAACUGCCAGAUUUCAUACCUGAAUCCAUUUUCCAGCAACAGAAUCUAAUGGAGCUUUUAGCAGAGUUCAAUGACAUGAAUGAGGAGGACAACCUGAUUGAGAUUGACAUAUCCAUGGGCUCUAUCAAGUGUUCAAGGUUUGAGAUUGAAGCUUAAGAUCAUGAUUUUUUUGCAUUUUUAUUACUUCAAGUGUUUUUAAGUUUUUUUGAUCCGUCUGGAAUUGGUGUAACUUCUACAAAUUUAGAAAUCUAAUAUUCCAGCAAUAUUCUA